AUGAAUAGAAUAUUUGGUUAUGGCAACAAGAAAACCCAUGAUCAGAUGCUGCAGGAAUCUGGUGCUGCCAUGGACCAGGCACAACAAGGUUUACAGCAUCGCUUGUCUCAACUCGACACACAAAUUGCGCAAAUCAAUUUCCAACUACAGGCGUUACAGAAAAAGAUGAAAGGUAUGAAGAGUAGUGUAGGUCAGAGACCACUUAGGGCUCAGGCCUUGAAGUUGUUGAAUAAACGGAAACAACUUGAGCAAAUGAGGGACUCUAUUGAUGCGCAGUCUUGGUCUAUGACACAGGCACAGAUGACUAGUGAUAACUUAAAGAAUACUAUGGUUACCGUUAAUGCUCUGAAAUCGACUAAUAAGGCACUAAAAGCUCAAUAUGGUAAGAUAGACAUUGAUAAGCUACAGGACAUGCAGGAUGAAAUGAUGGAUUUAAUAGAUCAAGGGGAAGAGCUUCAGCAGGUACUGGCUACGAACUUUGUUGGAAAUGAUAUUGAAGACAUAGAUGAGGGUGAAUUAGAUGCUGAAUUGGAAGCUCUCGCUGAUGAAGAUUUAACAGCAAUGAUGGCUAACGAUAUUGGUGAAGGGGAAGGUACAGAAGUUCCUUCUUAUCUUGCGGGCACUGUUCCAAAAUUCAUUGAUGAAGAUGCAGACUCUGAGCAAGUAUUGGAAAGUGCACAAUAG